AUGGUUAAUUUAAACCUUUCAUCAACCGCGGCGCCCCCUAGCGAUGACGCCCCUCCCCGCAAACCUCCCCACAGAAGAAGAGAGAGACUUCAACUAUCAUGUACAACAUGCCGGCAAAAGAAACUCAAAUGCGACCGCAACCUACCAUGCGAGAACUGCGCAACCCGCGGCCGUGGGGAUACCUGUGUUUACGCCAACCCCCCGCCACAGGGUCAGACCAGGGCGGCCCAUCGGCCAGUCAACAGAGCUACCAUGCAAGGUCGUGUUCGACACCUGGAAAAGAUGGUUCUAUCGUUGGUACGAGACAGAUCUCCAUCAUGUCAGUCGUGGAGCACAGUGUCAGAAUUUCGGCCUGAUUGGGAUGCCCGCGAUCACCAUCUGGGAUAUCGCUUCGAAAAUUAUACCUCUGGUUCUACGGGCCCUGGGAGCCGUGAGUGCUCGGCCAUGCCCAUGUUGGAGUCUAUAGAAUCGGCUCCGAGGCUGGGCCUGCCGAGGGGUGGUGAUUCAAGAUAUUUUGAUAGUGGGCAUUGGGCUUCGAUUUUGGCGGAUAUUGGUGAAUUGAAGGGAUACUUCGCAGGUCAAGGCGAAGGUGAGCCCCCAGAGACGACAGCUUCUGAAUCAGGCUAUUGUGAAACAGAUCUUCUCAGUGGCCGCUUUGGGAGGCUGACGCAGAUGGAAAUACUUGACCGCGUUCCCCCAAAGCCACUUGUGGACUAUUUAAUUGCGCGAUAUCUCAGCUCCGAUGCUCAUUCGUUAAUAAUCAUCCAUCGUCCAAGUUUUCGAAAACAGUAUGAUUUAUUCUGGCAGGAUCCUUGGUCUACGCCGAUAACAUGGGUUAGCGGGUUAUUUAGUAUGAUGUGCAGUGCCGUGUGCAUCGCUAUGCACUCUGGCGAACGGAUGCCGGAAUCAUUUCUAGAACCUGCCCAUCAAAUGGACCAAUAUCGCCAAAUGGCUGUUCACUGCUUGUUCACCGGAAACUACGCCACUGGCCCACCCCACGCAGUCGAAGCUCUGAUACUAUAUUUCUUCACAGAAUAUACCCGAAACCCGGAUAUGCAACUACCUUGCUGGCUUCUCUUUGGGGUCAUCCUUCGCAUCGCUAUGCGUAAAGGGUACCACCGUGACCCUCGACACCAUCCUAGUCUAUCCGUUUUCGAAGGCGAGAUGCGAAGACGUUCAUGGACGGUACUAUUUCAUAUGGAUCUGCUCACGUCAAUAGAUGCUGGCUUGCCUCGGAUGAUACAACCGGCGCAGAUGGAUGUCGAACUACCUCGCUGUAUCCUCGAUGACGACAUUGAUGAAGACGCUGUGGAACUCCCACCCUCAAGACCGGACCUAGCCAACCCGAGGCUAGCAUACACCAUUGCAAAGAGGCCUUUGGUAAUUGUUUUCGGGUCUAUUGUAGAUUUGAACAACGCGAAGGAGCUUGCAUCGUACGAGGAAAUAUUGAAGUUGGACAAGGCCCUACAGGACAGCUACGGAGUCAUACCGACAGUAUCCAAGCCAGAUCCUACGACACUCCCGGUGGCCGAAACACCAGACUUAAUCAUGCGCCGUUUAAUACUUGAUCUCAUUUACCAGAAGGGGCGCUACAUGCUACACCGCAAAUACUACACCAUCUCCUGGAACAAUCCGCAAUACACGUACUCGCGUCAGACAUGUAUUGAAGCCGCAAUGACGACGCUACGACAGCAGGCCUUCCUACAUCAGGAGUUGCAACCAGGAGGCAUACUACACCGGCUCAGUUGGAUAAGAAUGUCACUUAUAGCGCACGAGUCUCUCCUUGCUGCAAUGAUUCUCUGCCUAUACCUUGACCGUCUAAAUCGGCAAGGUGUUGGCGUUGCUAGCGAUGUUAUCGUCGAUAGCGUGACGCCGGAGAGAAGGUCGGAGAUGUUGCAGUUGUUGGAGUCUGCGUAUGCAAUUUUAAGUGUUUCCGCUACGUCCUCUAUUGGUGCUGCGAGGGCGUGUGGAGUUAUGAAUAUCAUUCUGCAGAAGGUGGGGUUAAUGCUCCCGAUGCCGAAUGGCAUAAUGAAUGAAGUUGUGGGGGUGGAGCAGACGAAUCCAAUGACGUCGCUGGGUGCAAGAUCUUAUCCUGGAUCCGAAUCCCUAACUGGAGUCCCGACAGUACACAUAUUUUAUCCAGACGGUGUAUAUCCUCAAGCAACGUCAGUCCCUAUGCCGAUUCCAAUUAGCGAGAUGGACUUGGCCGAUCCGGAAGCCAUGUUUUUUAGCCCGGAGACCAUGACGAUUCAGAACUUCAUCCAAUUUCCGCAAGAAAUUGACUGGAAUCUAUGGGACAACUUCUUUCGGCCCCAUGAUUGGGCCUACAGCUUCGAUAUGGCGCAAAUGGGGCAGUGA